AUGGCUUGGUACAUGAGUACGGAAGACCCGUAUGAUGAUACAGAGCUAGAGGAUGUUGGGGAUGUUCAAUCUCCACUCAACUCUUUGACGUCACAAUUUAUCCUAGGACCCGAGAGCCCUCAGCGUCUGGCCGAACAGUCCGACUUUCGUCGAUAUCGAAAGCGAGCUUACAAUGCGAUUCACAAGCCUGCCAACGAAGAUGGAAAUGAGAAAGCCGAGAAGAUCUCGGGAACAAUCAAGAAUAAAAUGCUACCUUCGAAGCAGAAAACAGCCAGGCCAGCUUGGUUGGAGUCAAGUAUCGUUAAUCUGGAAUAUAGAGCGGCAUCCAGCUCAGACACCGAUCAUACGAUACAGCACACUUCGAAAAGGGCAAGAUGGUCAGCCAGUGCGAGGAAUGGUCAAGAUCUGAAUAGAAGUGGCACAGUCAACACUUUGAUAGACUCAGUGGAUCUCACUCUGGAGCACACUCGCAGAGCUGAUGGAAAGCUUACUGCCUCUUUCGACGAAAAUGUGAAGGCAGCGCCUGGAGAGAUCAAAAGUCUUCAAUCAGCUAUCGAUCUAACUACUCAUCAUACAUACACCAAAACGACGACGACAAUUUGCCACUUCACCGACUCAAACAAAAGCUCUGCCAAACCAAGGCUCCGCCAACGUAAGAAACCAGCAAAGCAAUUGGAGCUCAAAAGAAUGACUGUCAAGAAGACGUUCCAAGGUCACCGGUCACUCAACAAUCUUACGUGCAACUCUAGUGUCAACAAUUUGGACGGUGGGUCAGAAUCGCCCAUACUCAUCCGUACAGUGUUUAAUCAGCAAAAAUCAUCGCUCAGCUCCUUCUCAGCCCCCAUCAAGUCUGCCCUGCGAACAGCCACAUGA